GGGGUAGGGGCAUCAAAAGCUUAUACACAAACAGGAAACCCGGCGCCUUGGGGCACCAGCCACUCCAGCUUGUCAUUACUGUUGCGCUCAGAUAGAGAGCACCUCAAAUCAUAAACCAUAAUCGUCCACCUCCAAAUCUAGAGAAGGACGGCGUAUGAUCUGUUAGGACUGGACCGCAUGCACAAGGAUGUGUGGUAGGGUGAGGUACCUAGUUUUAGAGAUCUUCGGAAAAUUGCCGCCUAUCGUGUCUGAUAUUGCUCAGGCACUGAUUGCAUCCUUUGUGGGGGGCGCAGUUAUCUAGGCCUGAUUGCCUUAUACCAUCGCCGAGCACUAUUACACCCCCUCCCGCACUGGUCUGCGCUCACGUUGCACUUUAACGAUCCUGGCCGGACCACACUUUCGUCAUCACCGUGAGACUUCUUGAUGUUGAAGGAAGCAUAAGAAAGCAAGGCGCUAUCGCGCAGCAGAAUGGAAUUCAUGAUUAAUUUCCUUAUUUUGUUAAAUAAGGAUGACACGCAACGAUUUUUAUUUAUUCGAGCUACACCUAUAAGAUGUUCCCACAUUUUACCAAAUAUCUCUGAGUUUGUGCAGACUAAAGAAAAGGUACCGUCGUACCUGUAUUACAUUUCUUUAGUACCAGUACUAAUAACACUGUUAGAUAUCGCUAAUCAUCGAAUCAGAACCAUGGACUGAAUAUGUCUGAAUCACUGCCGACAAUCACUUAUACUCUAUGUCAGAAUUGCACGCAUCGUUAUAUAGAACAUUAAAAUGUCAGCUAGUUAUAUAUGAUCUCCCUAGCUUCAAGUAGUGAUGUAAUGCGCCCAAUACUCUCCUUACACACUAUAUUCACAACCCAGUUUUGCAUAAGAAAAGAGAUUGACACGAUCUAUACCGCAUGUCAUCUGUUCUUUCCGGGUUGGUUUCAUAUAAUGUAAAUGUACGCAUGCGUGUGGCAGUCGCAUCAUUGGCGUCAUGUCCAUGUUCCGUACUCGGGCACGGUUAGCAGUCACAUUGCAUCCGCACCGUUCGGACUAACCGGGAUCUGGCCCCCCUCUCUAAGCGGGGGGGGGGACGGGACGAAUUGACUAAUGUGAAUAUACGCUGAACAGACACAGCCUGUCCUCUGACAGUCGUUUUGAGCUGAUCAGUGAAGGGGGACGGGUGGAGCAAGCUCGCACGAGACGUCCUUCAUACAGCUCUCCGGGAUAGAGGAAUUGGACUGCAGUACGUUAGCUGUUUCAGACUUAUGUCCUGUCAGAGACCAGCAUACAUGACCAUCAGUUGUACAUGACCAACAGCAUACAUGACCAGUGGACUUCAGGAUGCUGUGCCGGCCAGUGUGACAGCUGCCUGGAGUACUGCUGUGACGGGGCCCCUCCUUUUUGUUGCUCAUACUACGCAUAUGUGGGCGAUGUCCUCUCGGGCACGGCCAUUUCUGGAAUAGUGUUUGGUGUGGUGUUCCUAAUGGGCGCGGUGGCGGCUAUCUUCCUUUGCCUGUGUAUGUGCUUGAAGAACGGACGUAACUCGCGGGUGGGGGUCUUCAGAGCUUGUCACGUCAACACUGUUGCACAGGGAUACCGAGGACCUCCUCCUCCUUACAGCUACGACUAUGAGAUGAACCCCCACCACAUUCUACCACCACCUUACACACCAACCCCUCCCAGAAUCCACCCACCUCCACCUCCUUACCCCGGUUACUCCAGCAAGUAGCACCUCUUGGUACGAAUGGCCCCCGAGCAUGCUGGGAUACUGCCCCACUGAAAUGAACGUACCCUCAGCGAGCAGGAUGACACGGCUCUGACGCCCACUUCUCUGUGAACUCUGUACAUCCUUGAUGAGUGAUAUUUAUACAGGCAUAACAUUGGGCAGCCCUGUGGGUUUGCUGGUAUUUGGCCUGGUGUUCCAUCCCUGUAAUGCUGGAUUCUCCAUUAAGCCAAAAGCAGGGAAACAGAUAUCAAUGGUACCAAGACAUCUCACGGCAGGAAAUUCAUCACAAGUCCUCCCCAGUGUCUCACACAAAAAAUUAAACUGGUUGAAACAGGCAGACUUUUUGUAAUGUGGUACUAGUCCUAAGGACAGAUGUGCCAGUUUUCAUUGUGGCUCAAACAAAACAUCUCUUAAUACAAGGGUAAUUGAUUGAGUUAGUUGUCACAUGGGCAUCCAAACAUCAUGUUCAUCACUGUGUCUGUGACUGUCCUAACCAGUAAGACCAGAGCAACAAACUUGGUUUGAGCUCCACUUGCCUACAAGAAGAUUAGAAGGCUGAUCUGUGAUAGCAACUUUCAUCACAUGCUUACAGUGACACUGCACUUUCCCAGAAUUUGGAAAUGUGGGAGAACGUUUUAGUUUUCCUAGCCCUAUCAUGGAUUGAUAGAGGGUUGGUUCUCCAGGUUCAGACUACAGAAAAUAGCAGAUAUUGAUAGAAUUUUUUGCUUAUUCAGUUUUAUACAUUUUUAUCUCUGCCUUUGCAGAGGCGUGCCAAGGUACAAAAUGUAUCUGUAUGCAGAAUCCUUUGUGCCAUCUCCGUGAAAAUGUUCUAUCACUCAAAAUCGUUUUAUUAUUGUGUUUGUUGGGUGUUUGCAUAAUGUUCUGUAUGUUGAAUAAACUGUUUAUGACAAA